ACGUUGACCCAACUUUCAAAAUGGAAUCCGACUCUAACUUAGAGAAUAUAUUUGAAGUGAACCCUUACUACCCGGUGGAUCUACCAGUGAAGCAUUAUGUCGAGCUGAGCACAGGAUGUGAAGAAUACUUGUCCAGUGUCAAGUCAGAUGGUGCCAUGCCUCUCACCCUUCCUCACGGACAGAAUGUACAAGUAACUUGUGAAAACAUCGGUCGGCUUGCAUUUCUGAGAGAUGGUGACCUUUUACAUUUCCUCCUUGCUCUCCAUGAACCUGAGGAUGAAACCCAAGUGGUUGCUUUGUACUUGCAAGGCAAGUGGUGGCCCAUUGCUGAUGUUUUGAAGACGUCAAACAAAUCCAGACAUGGACUUAUGUUAGUGGAGACAGUGAUGGAGAGAGUAGUGUUAUUCCUGCUCAGUCAGGUUAUAUUUGGGAUCCUGGAACAGUCUCUCGGAGAAGAUCUAUACUUUUCUGCCUAUUCCCUAUGGGAAAAUGCCAAGAUUCUCUGGCAAAAUGGUGAAGCGGUUGGGUUUUACACUAUCAAAAAUAAGGGCAGCCUAUGUGAUGGCUGUACUGGUCAGAGUUAUCAACUCCCUGUGCUGGACACCAUGUUUGUUCGCUCAUACUGGAGAAGAAAUGGAUUUGCUUUACAGAUGCUUGAGGAUUUCUGCUCAUCUCAACCUUCAGAAGGGAUUCUGGGAAUUAGCUUUCCCAUGUCUUCUGGCAUGUAUGGAGUUUGCAGGAAGUAUCUUGAGAUCCAUGAAGAAGAAAGAGAUCGGCUCUAUGAGGUGGAAGCCCCUGGUGACUGGACUCAGAGACGCAACGUGUGGUUAAACGUCCAGCUGCAGCGCAUUCCAACAGACCGUAAGGGUCUGUGUUGCUGUAGAACAACAGAAAGCAAGACAUGGACAACCCGCCCAGAGAAACCUGGAGUUAAGUGCCUUGCUCAAGGACACAAUGAUGGUGGCUGUGAGGAUCGAACCAGCAACCUUCCGAUUACCAGUGGAGACUCACACCGAAAAAAUUUUUUAGGUGGAGACUCGCAAGUUUCACACACCUUGUACAGUGAUGAAAGAAGUAGACCUCAUUUACAAGAACAGGGGAUGCUGCAACAAAGUGGAUCAUCAGUCAGCCUCAAAGAGUUAUCAAGCUCUUUUAAGAAGUGACCAGCAGAGCAGACCAAGUCAAGAAACAACUAUAAGAAAGCCAAGACUUAACAUUUAAUUGCAGUUUAAUGAAUUUAAUGUGUCCAGAGAGAUCUCAGAUAGACUGUGUCCUUUCAAAGUGUAUCAGAGAAAACCUAAACAUUCAAAACAUAUGACUGGGCUGUCCAUACUGUGUAAGAUAUCAUAUUUUUAGAAAAUGCAAGGAGGGGAAUUACUGUAAAAGAAGCAUCAUGAUUAGUCUACCAUUAUGGGAUGCGUGACCUGAUUGAACAAAUCAGUAUUUCUGUUGUUUUUUAGUUGUUAUUUUUAUAUCUGAAUCUGGAAAUUGUUAAAUAAA